AGUAGCCGUGAAGGAUUGUUGUGAAUAUGUAAUAUGUAUUCACGUGGAAAGUAGUUUAUUACAUUAUCAAACAGAAAUACAGUCGUUUAGAACGGACUAGAGAAUAUAUAAAUAUUUGUACUAUUUAGUGAUGUAGCAUUCAUCUGAUUUUUAUUUUCAAAGAACAUUAUUCUGGUAGAUAAUUGCUGCACAUGGCAUAUUUAUUUAACGUGUUUUGUUAAUGUUUUUGGCGCCUAUUUACGUUGCAAUUCGUAAAUUCGUGUAAAAUGGAAGUUACACGUUCAAACCUGGAGGAGCUGCUGCCGGAGAUAGAGCGGGCCGUCGCGGAGGCCCAGUUCCUGGCGGUGGACGGGGAGUUCACGGGGCUGCGCGAGGGCCAGAGCGUGUUCCCGCACGACUCCCCGGCGCGGCAGUACGCCAAGCUGCUCCGGGGCAUGGACUUCCUGCUGGUGCAGUUCGGGCUGUGCGCCUUCCAGUACCACCCUGGCGAGGACAGGUACACGCACCGAGCCUACAACUUCUACGUGUUCCCGCGGCAGCUGAGUCGCUCCUCCGCCGACCCGCGCUUCCUCUGCCAGAGCUCGUGCAUCAACUUCCUGGCCACGCACGGCUUCGACUUCAACAAGCUGUUCCGCGACGGCAUCCCCUACAUGACUCAGUCGGAGGAGCAGCGGCAGAGGGAGGAGCUACGCGAGCAGGAGCGCCAACUGGGGUCCCCGCAGCGCGGCGAGCCCGUGCCCGUGCCGGACAACCUGCAGGACACCGUGUCGGGCCUCUGCGCCCAGGUGCAGGACUUCCUGUCCGGGGACUCCCCGGAGCGCCGGCUGCCCACCUGCAGCGGCUUCGUGCGCAAACUGCUGCACCAGGAGGUGGAGCGGCGCUACCCGGGCGGCGAGGUGGUGCUGGAGGCGCGCCAGACGGAGGCGGGGGAGCGCGUGCUGGUGGCGCUGCGGGCGGGCGGCGCCGCGGAGCGCCGGCGGCUCCUGGAGGAGGCCCAGGCCAGGCGGCGGGCCGAGCUGGACCGGGCCCUGGGCUUCAGCAGGGUGCUGCGACUCGUCUCCCGGUCGGGCAAGCUGGUGGUGGGACACAACAUGCUGCUGGACGUGAGCCACUCCCUGCACCAGUUCGUGGACCCCCUGCCGCCCGACUACCUGCAGUUCAAGGAGAUGGUCGGCUUCGUGUUCCCCAGGCUGCUGGACACCAAGCUGAUGUCUGCGUCGCCGCCCUUCAAGGACAGGAUCGCAGUCAACGCGCUGCAGAGCCUGUACGACUCGCUGUGCGACGAGCCCUUCUCCAUGCCGCAAGUGGGGGUCGCGGAGGAGGGGGCCGGCUACACGGCGCGGGACGACAAGGGCCACGAGGCAGCGUACGACGCCUUCCUCACCGGCCUGUGCUACCUCGCCAUGGCGCGCCACCUGGGCUCGCAAGACAGUCCGCCCACGCACCCAGUUCUGCCAACAUCACCGCUCCUCGCACCCUACAUCAACAAGUUGAAUCUUUUGAGGAGCGUUGAUUCCAACUACAUUGACCUGUCGGGAGACGAUCCCGAGGUGCCGACGGCCCACGUGUUCUACCUCAGCUUCCCGCGGGAGUGGAAGACCAGCGACGUGGCGGAGCUGUUCAGCCCCUUCGGCGGCGUGCAGCUGUCGUGGGUGAGCGACACGUCGGCGUGGGUGGCACUGCGCCGGCGCGACCAGGCGCGCCUCGUCGCCGCCACGCUCUCCCAGAGCGACCGCUACGCGCUGGUGUCGCACGCCGCCCACCGGCGCCACGAGGAGCUGUGCGGCUGCGCCACGCUCUCCGCGCGGGACAUGGCCCUGUGCCUGCGCAAGCGCUCCCCGUCCCCGGCCGUGCUGAAGCGCCGUGCCCGGGAGCCCGUGCCGGCCGCCGGCACGCCCAAGAGGAGGUGCAGCCGUGGCUUCCGAGAAGGCAGCGUCUCCAAGCGCGGCUUCGACCCCAUCGCGGAGGAGCGCAGCGAGGAGCAAGAGGCCAGUCCGUGCUCGGGCGCGGCCGGCGGUGGCUGUGUGCCCAGUGGCAGCGCGCCGGCCGCGGCACGCACCAAGCAGUUUGCCGAGUGCGACUCGUGGGACUGAGGCCGCGCCUGCUGGAGUGGGUCAAGAUGGUGUUCAUCGUGUCCGUGCUCCUCGGGCUGGCGACUUCCGUGGCGUGACUGCGCACGUCACAUUUCGGUUUUUUAACGAUUAAGAUUCGGACACAACAAGUUCAAGCACUUUUUCUCCAUCCUCUGUCAAAGUGGAGUAGAUUCAUCAGUUUUUUUAUUUGUAAGUAACAAAAUGUUACCAGUUUCGGCAACACGGAUACUGUUGUAAAGUAUUGUUUGACGCAAGAGGCCGAUAGUGACGCAUAAUUAAAACGAUGGCCAUGUG